AUGGGGGUGAGUUUGAAGGCAGGAGGAGGAGGAGGAGGAGGAGGAGGAGGAGGAGGAGGAGGAGGAGGAGGAGGAGGAGGAGGAGGAGGAGGAGGAGGAGUAGGAGGAGGAGGAGGAGGAGGAGGAGGAGGAGGAGGAGGAGGAGGAGGAGGAGGAGGAGGAGGAGGAGGAGGAGGAGGAGGAGGAGGAGGAGGAGGAGGAGGAGGAGGAGGCAAAUGA